GACUCCUCCUGCGCUGCGGCCGGGGCGAGCCUUGUCUCUCCUGUUGCUUUGCCUUGCAGACAUGGCAGGCCCGAUCGCCCAGAUGGCCCGGCACAACCAGGCUCGCGAGCCUGUGCCGUACGUGUCCCUCUCGCAGCACGGGAAGGCAGGAAUGGGGCCCCAGGACUUUGUAGGAACUGAAGAUCUUUUGUUGCCUGAAGAUCUUCUGUGCCUGAGGAAGAUUCUUGCAGUUUGAGGCUGGGUGAGAAGAGCCACUUCCUGGCAUUAGGGCUGAGGGGACUUUGGAGCUGGACUCUUAGGGACACAUUUCCCAGGUUCAGGCAGGUCAUUAGUAUUUGUUGCUUUUCCUGAGCUAUCAGUGCUAUAAGACCUCAUUCUCUCAGAGGCAAGUGAAUUAUUGUGUCACCUACAGUGCCAUGCUCUGUCGGUACUCAGUCAAAUUCCCCAGCUCACAUUGCAGGGACCUGUUGCUACUGGAUCUGUGUGAAGCAUCUUCAAUAUUUCUCUUGGCCAACUCUUAUCUGGAGUGGUGGUGCUUAAUAUAAGGAUCAGGCUGUGGCAUACCCUACUGUUGUGACUUGCUGAGUUGAUAGGUUUAUUUGCAGAUGGUGUGGCAGAUGAGAGUUGCAAAUAGUGUAGAGGAACAGGUAGUUUUCUUGCUUGGAAAAGAGUCUUGCCCUGCUCUGCUUUGCUUGGUGGGACAAUAGCUGGCAUGGCCUCAGCUAGAAGGCUGGCCUGCAGUGUUCUGGGGCUCUCUUACUGGCAUCCCACUGAUGCACAACAGUAGGCCAGAUGCCUUCCUUCUGCCUUUGGUUUGGCUCUCAGAGACCUGAUGUGGGUGGAGGCACAGGGAGGACAACAAUUCACUGUUGAGUCUGAUCACAGCUUCCUGGCUCGGUCACUGCCAGCACAGCUGUGGAAGCAAGAAGUUUGGGAAGAUACCCUAAGCUCUGUGGAACAAGGUUGUCUCAUGACCACUUUAAUCUGGUUGAAGAACAAGAGAACAGCAGGAAGAUAGGUGCUGGUUACAACUUCCCAGCAUCUCUUUAUGUGUUACCUGUGAUCACAGACAUGCCAUGAGCUGAACUAUGAGCAUAUCCAGAUGCAAUUUUCCCCACUCCCCUUGCCCUGCUUCUGUGUUGACUUUCUUCAGAAGACUGUACAUUCUGUCUUGGAAAUAGAGAUUCUGACCCAUCUCACAAAGUUGUCAUCUCUGCAUCAGCUGGGUUCAUGUCUCUUCUUCCUCCUAUCGCUUCUUGGUAUGGGAGAAGGAUCUGAGAGGAGUUUUGUUCCAGUCUUCACAGCUCUUCUGGAUGCUAGAGCUCUUCUGCCAUAUUUUCCCCUCUACUGGGCGAGAGUCUUUUUGCUCAUUAUCUUCUGUGCAUACAGUGUUCCAAGGAAAAGGCACUGUACCUGAGAAUAACAUCAGCCUUACUGGAGGCCUUUGGGUGCCUGGAAUCAGGAACAUCCUUUGCGAGGAAGCAGCCUAUGAGGAGCGGCGUUACCCAGCUGGGAAGUGGGCAUGUGUCACCAAGGGGGAGCCCAUGUAUGAGCAGAGCAUCUCCAUGAGCUUCAUGAAGCUCAUGCGCUACAUCUGCAAAGAGAACUCAGUAGGUUGCUAUCUGGGCAUGACAGUCCCGGUGCUCAACGAAAUCCACCUGACAAAAGACGAGACCGAGCUGGAGCGUGAGGUUGUAACUGCCUAUUAUCUCCCAGAAGAGUUCCAGCAAAAUCCUCCUGUUCCCCUGGACCCUGAAAUCCACAUCACUGAGAGGGCACCGCUCCGGGUUAUAACCAGGGUUUUCUAUGGGAUGACCACUGAAGAGACAAUUCUGCGGGAGAUCAAUCUCUUCUGGGAGCUCUUGGGCUCCACAGACACUGUGCUCCGGGAAACCUACAUUGUGGCUUCUUAUGAAAAUCCCAGUAUCCCUCAGCGCCGCAAUGAGAUCUGGUUCAUCUGCCGAGCAGAGUGAGUCCCCUCUGUGACCGCAAACCGUCCUGUGACUGGGCCUGGUGCAGAUGGCAGUUCUGACCCAAAGGAGAUGGAGCACGUCCUGACCCACUAUUCACCCACAAAAUGACAGACCAAGAGACUGCGGAGUGGGUUUGCAGUCUGCCCUGCAAGGGUCCUAUCAGGGGAAAUCCUGCCUGGUCUGCACUUCACCUGCCCCCACAGGGGCCAGCUGAGGCUGGAGCUGGCACUAGGGACAACCUCUGCAGCAAGCUCCUGGUGGGAAGCAUGUGGUGGGGGGUCAUUAAGGCAGUAACCAUGUGGGCUUGUGCAGUGUGCUAGCCUGACCUGUGCUCCUCUCAGCUCUGAGCUGGGCUUGCAGAGCCGUGCCACAUAUGCCAGUGGGGCUUGUGAUUGGCAGAAGCACAAGCUGAUGGUGUCUAGAAGGCAAAUGACUGUGUAUAAGGUGUGGGGCUCUGUGUGGCCUCUGGCCUGCUUCCUGUGAGAAUGGCUGCCUGUCCCGAACAGAGCCACUGAAAUGCUGCUACAGGGACAGUGGAGUUUGAAGCGGGAAAGGGCUUGAAUUCAGGUGGGAAUCCUGAAUGUUUCCUGCUGGGGUGGCUCUCUUUGGACUGUUAGGUGCCUCCCUGGCUGUCACUCAACAGUCGUCAGCCAGGACUGGGGCGCUGGCAGCCUUUGUCCAUCUAUUGUGGGUGCUGUUUUGCAGACCUGCUGCUGAGAGGGACAGGUGCUGACAGCAGCAGCCGUGGCACCACUGUGUGUUGUGCAUUGAUCAGUAAGUUUCACAUCCACAAAUACCGUCAUGCUUUCCUGGGGGAAGCUGGCAAUGCCAACACUAAAUAAACCCAGCUCAAACCA